GGUCUGAGGCAAGCGGUAGCUCCCUCAGCGGGGUCCGGGGCGAGCGGUAGCCCCCACAGCGGGGUCCGGGGUAAAAUAGUUAACUACUUGGAGUGCUUUCUAUGAUCAUAGAUUCCUAUUAGAUAAGUUUUUUUUCGGUUAUUGGGUUGUAGCGAAAUCUCUUAAUAUCUUGUACAUAAUUGCGUAGUAUGUCAUCUUGUAGAGUUCCCUAAAGUUGAGACUGUGAAGCCUUUACUGAUAAUAAUAACCUUUGUAGAUAAAGACGUAAUGAAUAUGGGUAGGAGGUGAGUGGUUAAGAACUAUGCUAACGGAUCUUGAGGGACUAUAAGAAGAAAACCUCGGUGACUGGGGGAAGGGGCACUAGCAGAUUAGUAAAUAUCUUGUCAUCUUGUUGGGGAGUGAGUAGCUUUCUCAUUUUGGAUUGUCAUAUUUUCCAGAUGCUUUUGAGAAGUUGGAAAGAGUUUUCUCACUAGCUCAUUGGAUGAUAAGAUCGUAAUAGUCACAACGACUUUCUACCGAUAACUUAACUCUUAUUUUAUUUUCUUUCAGGAUUUCUUUGCUUGUGAGUGAUGUCAGGCUCACCUCACAUAAGGAGAGAAUGAAUCGUCAGUGUGAGGAGAAAACAAUUGUAACGAGGUAAGGACUCAUACCACAACAUAGCACUGGUGAAGAACAAAGACUCUUCCCUGAAUACUGAAUUUGAAGCUCAUUUCUACAUAUGAAGGACGUCUACCCGUACUGAUAGUGGCUGUUCUCAAUAAUCACGUACAGUUCGUUGCUCGUUAAUCUGUUACCGGAAACACUGAACAUUCUAAAAUGACAAGCAGUAGAAAAGAAAUGUUUGUAUUUAAGUCACAGGCUACAGUCAAUAUCAUAAUAAUGUGUUGUAAUGAUACUUAAAAAGUGUAAGUGCCACACUCUUCUAUAUAACUGUAUACGUCAUACAUAUUUCUUCCUAUAAAUAUCAAAACUGGAAAGACAAAUACCUUGAUAAAUAACAAUAGGAACAGAUUUUAAAUAAAGAAUUUAAAAUAAAACAAGACAUACAAGCAUGGAGAUGGAGAGUUGGCGUUUCUUGCCUCUGGCUGCUUAUCUCAUUCUAGUUCACUCUCCCAGGAACGGUGGUUGGCAAGGCAGGAGCUGGUACGGGGCUCUACAUGGGGCCAUACUUCCCGAGUCAUCAGCCCAGGAACAUCACAGUUCACCAGGAAGCUAUCGCCUACCUUCCCUGUACAGUGAAUCAGCUAGGAGACAAGUCGGUAUCGUGGGUGAGACAGAGGGAUGCAGAUAUCUUAACAGUUGACCGCUAUACAUUUGUGAGGGACGACAGACUUACAGUACACUUCACGCCGGACACCUCCACCUGGACGCUGGUCAUCAAGUAUGUACAGGAGCGUGAUGCUGGUGCCUACGAGUGUCAGAUCUCUACCGAGCCCAAGAUGGCCAUGCUCGUCCACCUCAAUGUCAUAGUGCCACAAGUUGAGGUAAAGGGGGCGUCGGAUAAGUACGUGAGGAGCGGGUCUACGGCCAGGCUAGAGUGUAAGGUGAGCUCCACGGUGCAGCUGCCAGACUACAUCUUCUGGUACCAUUUGGGGGAACGUCUGCUUGAGUACGACAACCCGAGGGUAAAGAUGACGGUAUCCAGGCGGGGCGGCCAAGGCAGUGAGAUGAGCAUCAUUUCCACGCUCAUCAUCUCCAACGCCGAGCCCUCUGAUGCUGGCAACUACACCUGUCUGCCCUCCAACCUCCAUUCAGCUACCACUCUCCUCCAUGUCUUGAAUGAGGAGCAGCCGGCGGCGAUGCACACUGGGUCAGCGAUAAUGAGGGAACCUCCUGGAGCGCUGGGCGUUCUUUUGGUGGUGGCUGUGACCCUCGUGUUUGUACACACCCACCACCACCACGAUACAACAACCACCCAUCACCACCACGGUGCUAUUACCACCCAUCACAAUCAAGGUGCUACCACCUCCCAUGAAUACCACGAUGCUAUCACCACCCACGAUCACCACUGUGCUAUUACCACCAACGAUCACUACGGUGCUACAGCACCCACGAUUACCACGGUGCAGUUACCACCAAUGACUACCUCGGUGCUGCCACCGCCACCACAAUCCACGACCAGCAAGAUGCAACUACCACCAACCACAGCCGCUAUGAUACCCCCUCCUACUACACAGCCACCAACCACAACCACCAUGUUGCCACCACCGACGGCUUCUCUAUGGCCACCACAGACGACCAUCCCAUAAACAUGGUGUGGGUAAAAGAGAGAAGCAGGUGGUUGUAACUGUUGUACGUCAAACAUGUUUCUUACAUCCAAUGUUUCCCAAGCCAAGAUUAUUCACCCUGCGCCACCUUCACUCACCACUAGUCCAAGCUCACAUAACCCUUGUCUAUAUUUUUCACCUCACCUUCCCCGACUAUAGUCACAGUACACAACACCACAACUAGUCCUUAACAAAAUACAUCUCUUAUUCACUAACAUUAAACUUAUACAACACAACUGUUUCACAAUGCUCUUAUACUGCAUAACACCACUCAUCCACAUUAUACAUUUACACAACACCAUUACUCCACACUAACACACACACUUCACUGGUCCACACAAACACACACACUUCACUGG